UCCUUCUUUCGCGCUCUGCCGUUGGGGGUUGGCAGGGCCCCGACCCCGGUGGAGGGUGCACCGCGGGGCCUGGCAGCGUGGGCUGCGCCUUGGCUCCAACGCCGAGAAGGCACUUCUGGGCCCGCCAGGCGGCUGCUCAUGGUCUGCUGAGCGCGCCCUGAAGAGGGUCUUCCAGAUGACAUUCCCGCUCCUGGAAGCCAGCAUCAGGGACUUCGGCGCAGCAUCCCCCUCGAGUCUCGCUACUGCUCUUGAAGCCCAUUCUACAGGUAUCAUGCCCCGGCACCUCCUCCUGCUGCUGAUGCUGCUGGAAGCAGGCUGCAUCCUCCAGCUGCAGGAGAAAGCGGACGCCGCAGCCCCAGCCCCGCGGCCUGCUCGGGGACGGAGACAGGUCACCCUGGAGGACUACGAAGACGAAGACUAUCCCUUAGAAGCCACAGACCCUCCAGAAACACUCGACAAUCACACCGGGAGCGUGGCUGCAGAUCCCCAGCUUCUGACCACAGUGGGCACCUCGGAGCAGAGAGCUUCUGCAGGGCCCGGGACCCCCGAGCCAGCCACAGGGCCCUCUGCUGGCCUGGGUGCAGGAGGGACAGUGGGGGAGGAGCCAAGCACAGAAACGGCCACGCUGCGGGUGCCAGGCACAGAGCUGACCUCUGCCACGGCUCCCAUCACGGGGGCUCCAACCACACUGGGGGCUCUACCCGGGGAGGCUGUGGGCGCGGAGGACCUGUCCACAGGACCAGCAGUCACCCAGGCAGAGACCACUCCGCCUGGGGCCACCGGGGCCGAGACCAGUCCACCCGCUGCCACCCAGGCAGAGACCAGUCCGCCUGCGACCACUGAGGCAGAGACCAGUCCGCCUUCAGCCACGGAUGCAGAGACCAGUCCGCCUUCAGCCACGGAUGCAGAGACCAGUCCGCCUGCGACCAGCGAGGCAGAGACCAGUCCGCCUGCGACCACUGAGGCUGUGUUUGUGAAGGCUGUGGUCGUGGAGGCUGAGUCCACAGAGCCUUUGGCCGUGAAGCCCCGGUCCACGGAAGCCCCCGCCGCCCCUGUGACUUACCAGGGCGCCAUCGCCACCACCCGCCUAGCGGAGAGCACCUUGCAAAGUCGCGAGGCGGGCCCGCCUGGGAGCCCCACGGCGCCCAGCCCCGCCGGCGCCUCGGGCCUCAUCCCGGUGAAGCAGUGCCUGCUGGCCAUCCUGGUGCUGGCCCUGGUGGCCACCGUCUUCCUCGUGUGCACGGUGGUGCUGGCCGUCCGCCUGUCCCGCAAGGGCCACAUGUACCCGGUGCGCAACUACUCGCCCACCGAGAUGGUCUGCAUCUCCGCCCUGCUGCCCGACGCCGGCGAGGGGGCGCCCACCGCGGCCAACGGGGGCCUGCCCAAGAGCCGGGGCCUGAAGGCCGAGGCGGCGGAGGACCGCGAGGGCGACGACCUCACGCUGCACAGCUUCCUGCCCUAGCCCCACGGCCGCCAGCCCUCGCGCCCGCCCUCAGAUCUGGCCUUCCCCGGAGACCCUUGGGACUCCGGGUCUUUAGGGAAGGGACUUUGACUGCUCCCAAUGGGGCCCCAAGCAGCCAAGGUCCUGGGGCUGCCUCCUGCCUCGGAAGCCUGGCUGCCCCGGGAACCAUGGCAGACAGCCUCGUUGCCAGACCCUCCCCACAUCCCUGGUCCCCAUGUGUCCUGAGGCCCCUUUAAGCCUCUGACUUCGUCCCUCUUCCAGGCCCCUGGAGCCUCCUCCCCACUCCCACCACCACGUUGCUGUCUUGUCUUCUUUUUCUUUUCUGGUGCCAGGGAUUGAACCCAGGGGCGCUUAACCCCGAGGCCAGGUCCCCAGUCGCUUUUAUGCUUUAUUUAGAGGCAGAAUCGCGCUGAGUUGCUCAGGGCCUCACUAAGUUGCGGAACCUGGCGAUCCUCCUGCCUCAGCCUCCCCGGCUGCGGGGGUGACAGGCGUGCACCCCAUGUCAGGCCCCCACUGCUCUUUUCUUCUGGUUGCCACGGUCGCCAUGCAGAAGGGGCAUUUCGGAGAGUACUGAAGAGUGUGUGUGCCUGAGCCCACCCCACGAGGUGCUGCUUGGGUGGUCUUGGGCGGGUUUCUGGGGAACCAGGGCAAGGCCUCAGCCUGAGAAGGCUGGAGUGGGGUGGGGGUUGGCAGUAGACCUGUCUGGGGGGCUGUGUGGACCAGCGAGCUUCCAUCUGGUGACACAGGAACCCCAUGUGCUCCCUCCCUCUCACCGCUCCCUGUGGCCGCCGUUCAGGGUGGGCUCUGUCUCCUUCUCCGUAGUAUCCCUCCCCCACCCGGGACCUGGCCCAGAACAGGCACUCAAUAAAUGUGUGAUGAACGAAUGCAUGAUGGCGGAAUCCUUCACGUGUCCAGGCUGCCGCCUCCAGGAAGCCUUCCUGGCAUCCUCCACCCCUCAGUGUGAAGGGCUGGCUAGAUCGCAGCCCUUUGCCUCCGGCCCCAGGCCCCUUGGGAAGCUCAUGAAGGGCUCGACUUCCGUAUCCGCUCCUGGGCCAUGGGGGCCUCUUGACCCAUCCAUGAGCAGCUAGGGAGGUCUCAGGCUGUCGGGAGGAAAUAAGAGGCCGUAUUCACCCCCCAUGACCCAGUUGUGACCUACAGAACUACAUUUCCCCAGGCUUCAGACAAAAGUGCCUCUAUGCGUCCACGCUGUCCUCCCUGGAAGGCCACCUGACUUCUUCUUUCCACAUGGAGCGUGUCUCCCACCAGUGCCCGGGGUCAGCUCUGGGCUUUCCCUCAGCUUGUAGGAAGGGUUCUUCAAACUUUGGGGUCAUCAAGCCUUUUCUUCAAGGGCCAGUCGGUCAACAUUUGAUGUAACUCAUAAAUGAAUGAGUGUGGCUGUGUUCUAAUAAAACUUUAUUU